CAUAAAUCGUAUAGCAACAUAAACUCAUCAUCAAAGAAUUCGAAAAAGAACCAAGAGAAAUGUAAAAGAGUUAUUCAAGUAAAAAGAGAGGGAAAAGUAGCAAGUAACGACUAUAGAGUGCAGUAACUCUGAAUAGACAUGGAAUACAGAUUACAGUAUGCGGGUUGAAAAAUAAGUGUAUACAGAGAAUUGAAAUAAAUGAAACAAUUUAUUCGAUUUUUCUAAUAUUUGUUCUCCAUCUUUCAACCAUUGAACAAGAGCUUUCUGUCUUUCUAUGAAGAUGUUUUCGUUCAAAAGAACUUGCGUACUGUCACAACAUGGGAACGACUGGCAUAGAAAUUUUUGCUGCUCUAAAUGAUUUUACAGAUGCCAUUGUUUCCAUUCCAGAGUCAGUGUGCAGUAACUUUACGUAUUUAAAAGAAAUUGAUGCCCGGUCUCGAGAAUUAAAAACAAAAGUAACAGAGGGGAUCGACUCCAUCUUAAGUGAUGGGAAAAGAGGAAGCAAUCCCAUAAAUAAUCGCUGCUUACAGCUAGAGAAUGAUAUCAAAGAAAUGAUUCCUUUUUCAGACUCAAAAAUAUGUCUAGCCACAGAAGCAAUGGGAAAUAUCAACCAGUGUAUUGAUAGACUAGAUGCCGAUUUCGAAUACGUGGAGCUUGAAAUUCCACAACAGUUACGUUUAGGAUAUCCGGACGGACGAGCUUUAUUUAACCAUCCUAAUAACAAUCAAAGGAUAGAAGGAAAGAGAGAGACGAGAAGGAAUCAACCUCAACAGCAUCAUACGGAUCAUCAACAUCAAACUCACCAUACAUCUUAUCCAGGACAGCAUAUUGAAGAACGGUCUUCUGCGCAUCAUGGAAAUGACCAUAAUGAUUCUCACCAUGCUAUUUAUAACACUCCCAGCAAGCGGAGAAAAACCACUGCACAGAGGAAAUCAUCCUCGCCUCUCCAUAGAACAAAACCAAAUGUCGUUACUGUUGUCGAGCGAAGACCCGGGCGACGAGGAACUAGACAAACAACAGACGACCCUUCGACGAAACCAAAUAUCCUAGAACCGGAGGAAUUGAACGAAGGCGAGCAACUAUAUUGUUAUUGCCAACAAGUUUCCUAUGGACAGAUGAUUGGGUGUGAUAAUGAAAACUGUAAGCGUGAAUGGUUUCAUUUACCUUGCGUUGGUCUCGUAGAGCCACCAAAAGGCAUUUGGUAUUGUACAGAAUGCCGAGAAAGCAUGAACCUUGAAUCUUGA